CUCAGCUACUUGAUUUCUGCUUUGUACCAGUGAGUUAUGUUUCGAUAAUGGUCUCCUGACUGAGUUAAAGUGGACCUAGAGAUGGCCAUGUAGUAGUUUGCAGCUUUUCUAGCAUCACAUAUUAUUAGAUGUUGAGUCAGUUACUAUAGGGAGAAGCCAGUUUUUUCUUUAAUUUUAGUUUUUUAUUUUUGACUGCUAGCUGUUGUGGCUGCUGUUUGAGAAAAGGCCAACUGGAGGAGGGUCACCAAGAAUGACACCUUAAUAACUGAAGCAGAGAAUGGAGAGUUAAGAGAUUUGUGCUCUAUGCCCAGGUCUCUGUGGCUGGGCUGCUCCAGCCUGGCGGACAGCAUGCCUUCGCUGCGAUGCCUGUAUAACCCAGGGACUGGCGCACUCACAGCUUUCCAGAAUUCCUCAGAGAGAGAAGACUGUAAUAAUGGCGAACCCCCUAGGAAGAUAAUACCAGAGAAGAAUUCACUUAGACAGACUUAUAACAGCUGUGCCAGAAUCUGCUUAAACCAAGAAACAGUAUGUCUAGCAAGCACUGCUAUGAAGACUGAAAAUUGUGUGGCCAAAACAAAACUCGCCAAUGGCACUUCCAGCAUGAUUGUGCCCAAGCAGCGGAAACUCUCGGCAAGCUAUGAGAAGGAGAAGGAACUGUGUGUCAAGUAUUUUGAGCAGUGGUCAGAGUCCGAUCAAGUGGAAUUUGUGGAACAUCUUAUAUCCCAAAUGUGUCAUUACCAACAUGGGCACAUAAACUCUUAUCUUAAACCUAUGCUGCAGAGGGAUUUCAUAACUGCUUUGCCAGCUCGGGGUUUGGAUCACAUUGCUGAGAACAUUCUGUCAUACCUGGAUGCCAAAUCUCUAUGUGCUGCUGAGCUUGUGUGCAAGGAAUGGUACCGAGUGACAUCUGAUGGCAUGUUAUGGAAAAAGCUCAUCGAGAGAAUGGUCAGGACAGAUUCUCUGUGGAGAGGCCUGGCAGAACGAAGAGGGUGGGGACAAUAUUUAUUCAAAAAUAAACCUCCUGAUGGGAAUGCUCCUCCCAACUCUUUUUACAGAGCACUUUAUCCUAAAAUUAUACAAGACAUUGAGACGAUAGAAUCUAAUUGGAGAUGUGGAAGACAUAGUUUACAGAGAAUCCACUGCCGAAGUGAAACAAGCAAAGGAGUUUACUGUUUACAGUAUGAUGAUCAAAAGAUAGUCAGCGGCCUUCGAGACAACACUAUCAAGAUCUGGGAUAAAAGCACAUUGGAAUGCAAGCGAAUUCUCACAGGCCACACGGGUUCUGUCCUGUGUCUCCAGUAUGACGAGAGGGUGAUCAUAACUGGAUCAUCGGAUUCCACGGUCAGAGUGUGGGAUGUAAAUACAGGUGAAAUGCUAAACACGUUGAUUCAUCAUUGUGAAGCAGUUCUGCACUUGCGUUUCAAUAAUGGCAUGAUGGUGACCUGCUCCAAGGACCGUUCCAUUGCUGUAUGGGAUAUGGCCUCCCCAACUGACAUCACCCUCCGGAGGGUGCUAGUCGGACACCGAGCGGCCGUCAAUGUUGUAGACUUUGACGACAAAUACAUUGUUUCUGCAUCUGGAGAUAGGACUAUAAAGGUAUGGAACACAAGUACUUGUGAAUUUGUAAGGACCUUAAAUGGACACAAACGCGGCAUCGCCUGUUUGCAGUACAGAGACAGGCUGGUCGUUAGUGGCUCAUCUGACAACACUAUCAGAUUAUGGGACAUAGAAUGUGGUGCAUGUUUACGAGUAUUAGAAGGCCAUGAGGAAUUGGUGCGCUGUAUUCGAUUUGAUAACAAGAGGAUAGUUAGUGGGGCCUAUGAUGGAAAAAUUAAAGUGUGGGAUCUUGUAGCUGCUUUGGACCCCCGGGCUCCUGCAGGGACUCUCUGUCUACGGACCCUUGUGGAGCAUUCUGGAAGAGUUUUCCGACUCCAGUUUGACGAAUUCCAGAUUGUCAGUAGUUCACAUGAUGACACAAUCCUCAUCUGGGACUUUCUAAACGAUCCAACUGCCCAAGCUGAACCCCCCCGCUCACCUUCUCGAACAUACACGUAUAUCUCCAGAUAAAUAAUCAUACACUGACCUCAUAUACUUGCCCAGGACUCAUUAAAGUUGCGGUAUUUAACGUAUCUGCCAAUACCAGGAUGAGCAACAACAGUAACAAUCAAAAUCCUACCCGCUGUCCCCGGACUAGCCGAGGAGUGGGGCUUUGAGACUCCUGUUGGGACACAGUUGGUCUGCAGUCGACUCAGGAGGGUCUGCUCAGCACAGCUGACUGCUUCCGUGCUGCUAUCCGAAGAUCCUUUAUCUUUCGUGACUGAUUGGAACUUUUAAACCUCACCUCACUUCCCCUCUUCCUUUCCCCUCUGCACCUUUUUUUUCCUCAUUUGGUUCCAGACAAAGAUGACUAUAAAUAUAUUUAGUGUUUUGCCAGAAUCUCUCUUGCUUUGCCGUUAAGCAGAAGAACUAGUUUUCCUAUGUAGCCUGCUGGGAGAGACCCACUCUUAGGGGAAAGGGGGCUACAACUUCAAGCCAGAGAGCACCCAGUGUCUCCCUGUGAACUACAAGAGUGCCCAGCGCCCGGCAAGAUCAGAGCAGCUCCACUGUGCUUAGGAGACGGCUGUUGGUACGGUCUCCAGGGCAAAGAAGAGAGACGAGAAGAAGCACAUCGGAAGAUCUGGGCCUCUCUUCUUCCAUCCCUUUUCUCUAUUUCUCUCCCCCUUCCCCCUCAUUCCCCUUCAGCCUCUCUCUCUGCUCCACUUGAAAAGUAUGAAGAGAGUGUCUUCAGUUAGCAUGAGACAAAUCAGCUAGAAAAUGCAACACUUUUCAGAAAAGUUAAAUGCUGUUCAGUCAAAAUUUCAAACAGGCUUUUGCUGCAAGUGACCCUAUAUGACAACAAUGGGUUCUCAGACAUGGUAUUUUCAUCAUCCUUGCAACUCUAUUCUCCUUUUAACACCCCUCCCCAAACAGGGGGAGGGGGUGGAGCAGAAAUUCCCUGGGCUCCAUCAAUGGUCACAUCUUUUCUGGACUCAGCAGUCUCCUGGAUUCCAUGUAGAGUGUGGAAAGGAGUUGCUGAUUGCAUUUUCUCUCAUUAACAAUUAGAUGUGUAAUAAAAAGCAUUGUACUUCAUCUUAAAUCACUGGUAAGGCUCAGCCUACAGAAAGGCUUGAAUAGCCAGAACCGGUUGGUCGGCGUGUUCUGUCUGCAUAAUAGUUCGGAUCUCUGGUUUCCUCAUCAGGGCCCGUGAGCACAAAGGCACCUGUAUCUUUGCCAAGCCCACGGUCAGAGUAGCUUAAGAGGUGGUCAGGAGUAAAACUGUAUUUCUUUUUCAUUUAGGCCAGUAAAUAGCAUUUCUCAAAAAUCAAGCUAAAUCAUCUCAACCUUGCACUGCAGAACCUUCCUUCUGCUUUUCCCAAACCCAGUAUUUGCAAAGGCAAAGCUGCCAGAGAGAGCAGAUCAGGGUGAAGUUUGGCACACAGGGUUUACUACUGGGGCAGAAACUGCCUUCUCUUUUCCUUUCCUUUCUUCCUCCUGGUCUUAUUUUACUCUCCACUCUCCCCAACCAGUAAAAUUUCUCUGGGAGUUGGUGAAUAACAUAAACAAAAGGACCUCAGCAAGGGCCGGGCUGACCAGGCCAUUGAAAGGCAGCCGCAUGGGCUUCAGGUGCAGGGCACAUGUGCCACGCAAACUGGGAGCGCAGAGAAUGCCAUCAGCGUGUGCCUAGCUUGUUUCUCGGGGCGGGAGCGGCCCUGCCCCAGCCAUUUCUGGAGGCACGGGCAUGCCCAUCACAAUCCCCAAGGCCACGGCGCAGUCUUGCGUUUCCCUUGGAAGCUGAGCUGCCAGGCCUAUUUCCAUUCCUGAUCAAAGCAGUUGAGUGAAAGAAAGCCCCUUUUUAACCAGCUGCUGUAAAACCGUCAGAAUGGGAGCCACUUGCAAGUAACCUCAAGGCCAGGCCACCUUUAUUUUGGCAAUGGCGAAGGCAGAGAAAGCCAUCUUCACUGUUCCCUCUGAUUUGCAAAAAGGUGUCCUCUUCCCAAAAUAUGCCCAGACUGAAUGUUGUUAUUACAUAUUAAGAGGCAGGUAUGCAUAUGCAUUUUUCCUUUUCUGCUUUAUGAGUGCUUUUAAGCUUUUAGUUCCAGGUUAUGUUCAAAACGUAUUUCCCAAUGUAAUGAUACAUUACAUUGCCUAGGAAAUAUUUUCUGAAUAUCCCUUCCUAACUACCCAAAUGCUACAGAGAAAUGUUUCCUAUCUAGUUACAUAUCAUGGUUCCUUGUCCAUUGUGUUUACUAUUAAUGCCUUUUUGAUUGGUUGACGAUUUUGCUACAGAUGUAUCAGAGGACCAUCAGCCCUGAAAAACACACAGGUCAGGCAUUAAAGAGGCAUGGAUUGUAAGCUGUUUUAAAAUAUUGUCCAAUAGCCAUAACUUACUAGCCCUUCUGUUACAUGCUGCUGUUCUAAAGUGAGAGCUGUUGAAUAUUCAUUGGUGCCUGGGGUUUUGCUCUCCCAUCUAGGUUUGAAGGUAUAUUGUUUCUAAGACUGUUCUGAAGCUUGUCCAGUACAUCAUAAAUGAGAUUGAGGUGGGCCCUGCAGUCUGGAGCCAUUAGCUCCAUGGAGGAUAUUCCCCAAGUUGUCCUCUGCUGCUGAUGGAAAUGGGAAUGAAGUUAAGUGGUCUGAAAAACUUGAGUCAGUCACAUUUCUCAGCUCUGGGGGUCAUUUACCAGUUCAUUGUAGAAGAAAUAAUCAGGUAAGUAGAAGUUCAUUUCCAGAGAAGGUAAACCCCACUUACCAUCUCUGCAUGAUUUCAGUAGGAAUUGAUUAUCACUAAUCCCCAACUGGGCUAGAAUAAAUGUAAAGUUUGACCUUUUUAAAAACGAGAAACAAAGAAAGUCUCAACAUAUAAAGGAAUGGUAGAAAAGGAGCUGAAGGUGUCUCUGGGCUCCGAAAUGAAAUGUCUCCAUUGUAGAUUAGUCUCUUCUCACUAAAAUUCCGACGUAGGCCUGACCUGAAAGAAAUGUUCCUUAAGGCUAGGGGGAAGCCCCUUCAGAGGUGGACAAGGGGAGUGUGCGUGCACCCACACCCGGGAGCUCCGUGGGCGCAUGUGAGCUCUCUGUUCUCGCCGGGGCUGCUUGGACAGAGCCAGCAUGCCUUGCCACACGUGUGUGUUUCUGCUGCUGAGAACACCCUUUUACUUAAGUGCAGUUUGAAAGUAGACAUGUGUUGUGAAUGGGAAGCCUUUUACAUUUGUCCCUUGGCAAAAUUCUGGUGACUCUUCACCAGAAGCUUUAGAGACAGGUACUCCCUGGAACUCUGUUGACAGACUGUAAAGUCUGGUCCUCAUAAUUUGUUUCUGAACUGGAAAAGACACCGGACUCCUAAAUCAUUCUGUGUUCUGCUUGAGUAAGAAAAAUCCUCUUUUAUUUUUCUUUUGUAAAAUCAAAAGCUGAAAAGAAAAUGUGCACUCUUACCUUUUACCAUCUCUUGGUACCCAUUGGUCUGAACCACUGGGGCUGGCCUCCUCCUUGCUUAGUGCUUAACUGUGUGUAGAAGCAAAGGGCUCAGGGGGGUAGGGGUGGGGCAUAUUGGAAAUGACGAGGACAAUUUUUUCUUUCCUAGAAUUGUUAACCUUGGUGUCCUCCAUUUACCUUAGAUGGUAAUACCUUCCUGCCGGAAGUGCCGGCCUGAGGGCCUGGGCUACAAGCUUGAUUAUGGAGGAACCCAAGGCACUUUGAGGGAGAAAAAAGGGUACUUAGAUAUCUACUACCUGUGACCCUCACAUGCUUGAUGGUCACGUUUACCACCUUAAUCCACAUUUCGAUCUCCUUCCCCAUUUGGACAAGUCCAGCAGACUUUCCAGGAGGUGAAGAACAUGAAAAGGUGACCUUGCUCCUCCUGGCCUUCUCUUCCCUCCUGGAAUGAUCCUCACUUCUGACGUGGGCACCCAGAGCCUGCGGGCUGAGUCCUUCUCCCUGGGCUUCGUCCACGCAGCCGCUACUCGGGAGGACGGCUGAGUUUUGCUUCUUGUUUUUACCCGUAGUUCAUUUGUGACUUCGAUAUCCUUGGAACUAAGGAGAGAAACAAAAAAAACUUGAUCAUGGCAACCUGGUGGCACUUAAUGCCACCUUCCUGAAACCUCUUCUGUUGGAAGUUGAGUACCUGCGUUUAGGUAUUAAAAUUUCCUGGAGACAGGCGACAUCUAAAACUAUGUGCUCCAUGGCCCACCCAUCUGGCUCUCUCAGCUCCUGAUGGGUUCGGUGUGCGUUUAAGGAUAAGUACAGUAAAUGGCAUUAUAAAGCAAUACUUCCCCUCUGUCCCUUUCCUUCUUGGACACUGAAUGAAAAGACCAACGUGGAGGGUUAGACCUCUGGGUACCAAGAAAACUAACACCUUCCCCGAUCAUUGAUCACUCAAGCCCAACCCAGACUGUUCUGAGGGACGUUCACUGGACUCCAGCCGUGGGACAGGCCUGGCA